AUGGCCUUCGGUAUUCACACCGUGGCUUUGGUGACGCAAACUGUUGCAUUUGCGUUUUUGUUGAUAGCCGUCUUGACGGUACCGGUGACCAAGAGCCUGGCUCUUUCAGAGUACUCAAAUUAUCGCUAUGGAGUCUUUGGAUAUUGCAAAAUCUCAACGGGAAACUGCUCCAAAGCAGCUGCUUCCUACAAGCCGUCUGAAAUCGGAUCCGGUUCCGAUUGGAAGAUGAACGACAAUGCCCGUGACAAGCUUGCAGAGAUCCUGAUUGUAACGCCAGUCGCGGCUGGUUUGUGUUUGAUUUCAGUGAUUACGCUCGCACUGGGUCACAUCCGCCGCUGUACCACUGCCGGUGCAUAUUGGGGGAUUGUGGUGAUCUCUACGGUGAUUGCAUUUCUGGCCUCUGCACUUGUAUGUAUCGUUGUCUUUCUGCUCUUCUGGCCUCAUAUGAAAUGGCCUGGUUGGCUUCUUAUUGGUUCAGGAGUCUUGUCGCUUGCGUCAAUCGUGUUUGCGUUUUUGGCAAUGAAGCUUUCGCCAGAUGAGUCCAGCAAUGAUCUCACCAGCAUGGAUCCUAUGGAGGGCCACAGAAUGGAUCUUUUGGACAAGUCCUAUGACGCCUCUACCUUCACUGGCACUGGCUUCAAAGGGCCGGCGACAGCAAAAUCGCUGAAUUCUUCAGAGGAGAAAAAGUCUUUGAACGAUUUCUCUAAUCCAUACCAGUCCUCGGGAACUUUCUAUAACCAGAGCUCCAGUUCUUUCAACCAUUUGAAUAAAUACGAGACCACAGUUGGUGUUGUCACCGGAACAGCGGUAGCUCCCGCUUCUGCUGCUACUCUGGAAACGAACCCAUUUGCUCAAAGACCGACUAAUGCCGGUAACUCAGGUCUCAGAUUCGACAAUCGUGGUUAUGAUCCAGAGACUAGAUCCACCAACUCCAAUCCGCUCCAACAACAACCGCGAGUUCCUCUGAAUGCAGGAUCAUCCACUUCGCUUGUAUCAGAGCAGCCAAAGGCGUUGAUCCCGCAAAUAGCGAACCCAUACGACACUUACAACGAUCCGGAUCUUGAUCUUGCCGAGGAUGUAGAUAUCGUUGACACUACAAAGCCUACAGUCUCGCCAGACGGUCAGGAUAUCAUUGCAGACGAUGAAUCUGACUUCACAAGUGUUUCGCAGCGGGCUGUGAACCCGCGCUACUACCAGGCCCCAGCCCCACAACAGCAGCCUCAGCAGCAUCCUCCGUUCCAGCAGACUGCGCCCCAGCAAGGAUAUUCAGCGCAGCAGGUGCCGGUGCCGGUGCCGCAGCAAGGAGCUUUCCCACACAGUGCAUCAUACUACCCCACUAACUCGCCGGUACUUCAGGGACCUCCUGCUCAGCAAAGACCAGCGUAUAACCCAUACAAUUCGGGCUACAGCUCGGGAAUGUCACAACAGAACUACCCAAUGAUGGCCCCACAGGCAGCUCCAGCCCCUCCAAAGCCCAGAAAUACCAUUUCAGAUUCGCUGCUAAACAACAACCCCGAUUUUUCAGUCACAGGCACCCGUGGCAAGAGAAAGUACGGUAUUCUAGCCCAAGCCCAAGCCGGUAGAGCUCCAGGUGCUGCUCCAGGUGGAACCAACUAUGGAAGGCGUUCAUCUGGAAGUGGGUAUCCAGCUUAUGGAAAUCAGUUUUGA